AUCCAACUCCGAGCUGAGAGUGGACGGGAAGUGAGCGGCGGGGGCUCAGGAGCGGCACCGAGUAGAGAUGAGGGCUCCCCCACGGUGUCUGUAAGUCUCUGCACGCGGAAGGUGAUCCACAGACCUGAACAUGAAUCUCCGUAAGUCACUGGAAGUGCUCAUGAGGUGGACUGAUAUUUAGCAGGCUACCCCCCUAUCCGUUUCCUCCUCCUCACACUGACGUCCAUCCGCUGCUGAAGCAAGAAAAAAAUAGAAGGAACAAAAAAAGAAACUUUGCACAUUUCCCUGCACUGGACGCGUGCCUCGGGCUUCACCGGUAAGCGUUGGAUCCGUCAACUUACUGCGACUCUCCGGUGUUCAGCCCGGACCUCUGCCCCAACAUGAUCGCCACGCAAGCCAAGCUGGUCUACCAGCUCAACAAAUACUACAGCGAGAGGUGCCAGGCGCGCAAGGCGGCCAUUGCGAAGACUAUAAGGGAGGUUUGCAAAGUGGUGUCAGAUGUCCUUAAAGAGGUGGAGGUGCAGGAGCCCCGCUUCAUCAGCUCCCUGAGUGAGAUAGACGCGCGCUACGAGGGGAUGGAGGUCAUCUCCCCCAACGAGUUCGAGGUGGUGCUGUACCUCAACCAGAUGGGGGUGUUCAACUUCGUGGACGACGGCUCUUUGCCCGGCUGCGCGGUGCUGAAGCUGAGCGACGGCCGCAAACGCAGCAUGUCUCUGUGGGUGGAGUUCAUCACCGCCUCGGGCUACCUCUCCGCCCGGAAGAUCCGCUCCCGGUUCCAGACUCUGGUGGCGCAGGCCGUGGACAAAUGCAGCUACCGCGACGUGGUGAAGAUGGUGGCCGACACCAGCGAGGUGAAGCUGCGCAUCCGGGAGCGGUACGUGGUGCAGAUCACGCCCGCCUUCAAGUGCACGGGGAUCUGGCCUCGGAGCGCGGCGCAGUGGCCCAUGCCGCACAUUCCGUGGCCCGGGCCGAACCGGGUGGCGGAAGUGAAGGCGGAGGGCUUCAACCUCCUCUCCAAGGAAUGUUACUCCCUGACGGGGAAGCAGAGCUCGGCGGAGAGCGACGCGUGGGUGCUGCAGUUCAGCGAGGCCGAGAACCGGCUGCUGAUGGGCGGCUGCAGGAAGAAGUGCCUGUCGGUGCUGAAGACCCUGCGGGACCGACACCUGGAGCUGCCGGGCCAGCCGCUCAACAACUACCACAUGAAGACCCUGCUGCUGUACGAGUGCGAGAAGCACCCGAGGGAGACGGACUGGGACGAGGCGUGCCUCGGAGACCGGCUCAACGGCAUCCUGCUGCAGCUCAUCUCGUGCCUGCAGUGCCGCAGAUGCCCCCACUACUUCCUGCCCAACUUGGACCUGUUUCAGGGGAAGCCCCACUCGGCCCUGGAGGCUGCUGCCAAGCAGACGUGGAGACUGGCGAGGGAGAUCCUCACCAACGCCAAAAGUUUGGACAAAUUAUAAACCGGCUGAACCCAGAGACACAUUCUGGGAUCAAAUGAAAAAACAGAUUUCCAACCGAGUCUCCACGAAAUGUGAAAAUAAUAACAAUCUGUAAAAAAAAUUAAAAAAAUGCAGCAACAAACCCAGAGGCAAAACUGUGCUGGGAGAUUUGGAGCAAUUUGGCCACUU